GCGCGUGAGUGCAUGAUUUUCAUUCCCCUUUUGGCCGCUAGUGUUGUUGUUUUGAGAGGCAAAGACAGCAAAUAACCAUGAAAAGACGCUUUCUUUUGCGAUCAACAUCAACAUCGAUUUUUCUCCUUCUAACUGUCUGCCCAUUUUAUCUUGUGGCUGCGUGCUUAAUUUUCGAAAUGCACAAUAGAACAGGUUCAUGCAAUAUUGUCGCACCAGAAAAACCAGAUCAGUUUUUUAUUUUUGUCUUUGUCGUCUUUUUUCUUGUUGCAAAUCGCGUCAACAAGCAGAAAUGAAAACGCAAGUCCAUUUUUAUACCAAGCCGGGGUGUGCCCAAUUGUGGUUAAGAAAAAACACGACCGGCG